AUGCGGUUUCUUUGCCUCCACGGCUACGCCCAAAACGCUGAUGUUCUCAAGGAGAUGAUGGAAGAAAUCACAGAGCAUCUUCCUAGCAACUGGGAAUACGAGUAUUUUGAAGCAGGAAUGGAACCAUCCCAGCUAGUAUUACCCAACUUAGAUCAAGUUCCCUUACCAAACUCCUGUUGGUGGAAUUAUCCACUCUCUGAGGACAUCCAGAAUGCCUUAGACCGCCUUGUCUCAUUUAUCGACUCCGAAGGGCCUUUUGACGGUCUAUGGGGCUUUUCCCAGGGCGCUGCCAUGGCCACCCUGCUGCUGCUAGAGCACCAGAGAGCGAAUCCCGGUACUCAGGAUUGGCCUUUCAAAAUGAUCAUUUACAACUCAACCUUUCUCCCGUACCGUCUCGAUUCCGGGUCGAUCACAUGGGAGAAGGUGGGAAAAGGUCAGUUGCAGGCAACUUACCAACCCGGAGAGUUCGACGCCUCGUUGGGCAAAGAAGACAUCGACUGGAAACAGGAUGAACGCGCCAUAUAUGACUACCAAGUGCUCCAGAGCAAAAGAGUGCAAGACGAGGGCCCCUUUCCAGUCAAUCUCUUGCUCAAAUAUCGGCCCCAAGACGUGUCAGACAAGCUGACGGUACCCUCCGUCCAUGUACGAGGUGUCAAAGACGAUUAUUUCUUUGUUGAUGACUCAGUAUCUGAGCUGUUUGAUCCCACGACCGCCAAAAAGAUGUUACACCGUGGCGGCCACCACUUUCCCCGAUUCCCGGAUGAACUGGUGCAUUUUGCUGAAUUGAUUGUUGAGACAGCUGCUUCUCUUAUGUAG